AUGUGGGGUCUGGUCUCGACCUCUAAACGGAUCACUUCAAUCAAAACGGUUCUUCUAAGACAGAGCCACAGGUACAUGUGUCAGUCUGAGGACUCGAUCCGCAGGUUUAUCAGUGAAAACACGGAGAUAGUUGGACAGCAGAGCCUGACUCCGGAGUUCAGACUCAGACUCUUCACUCCAAGCUGCAAAUUCUGGACUCAGAGACCCGAGCUGUGGCCCUACAGUGACCCGUACUGGGCCAUUUACUGGCCGGGAGGACAGGCGCUGUCACGGUAAGAUCCUGACUCUGCACAGGGAUAGUUUACCGUAAAAUUAUGGUAAAUUCAUCAGACAGGUGGAGACAUCACCACAUUGUCUGAGCAGGGGCGUGUCCAGGCUUCUUCACUGGUGGGGUGGGGGGUCAUUAGAUAAUGCUACAGCAGCAUUUAUUACAUUUUCUACGGUGGCCGAGAACCGCUACUGCUGCAAAUAAAAAAACUGCAAAAAAAAAAAAAGUCACAACGAAAGUUACCGAUGCAACAAAAAGAAACGGAAGCCCGCUGAAAAUAAAAAAGAAACAGAACAGAUAAGAAUUUUUUUUAAAAGCGACAAAAAAACAACAACACAACACAUAAAAAGUGGCGGUGCAAUAAAGAAAGUUACUUACUGCGAAAAUAAAAAGAUGCAAAAAAAAUAAAGCCACAAUGGAAGUGAAACUUUUCAUUGUGUCACUUGGUUAGGCCAUGGAGCGCCAGAGUCGAUAUGAAGUUGAACUGAAGCGAUCACUAAAAAAUAAAAUAACAUGAAUACAAAAUAUAUAGCUGAGACUUUGGUGCAGCUUUUGUUAGUAGUAAUAAUUGACAUUAGUGAUUUAUAAUAGGCUGAGAUAGUUUGGAGGAUUGGUUGUGAAAACAACUGAGAGGUUGGUGUGCCUCGUCUGUCCGUGAUGUGUAGAUACAGAAAGAGGCUUUUGUGACAUUGGCUUGCUUGUAUAAUAGAAAUUUAUUACAAAGACAACAGCAGUAUCAGAACAGCACCGCAGAUGCUGGGAGAGAACUGCCAAUGAUGUCCAUUUCUCCCAUAUCUGGUUAAUGCAUUUUGAUUUUUUGUUUCCUGUCAUAUCCAAUGUGUCACAUGUCGUGGUAUUAUUACAGGUCUUUUCACGCCGGGACCGUUUUUGUCGUGCGAGUAUUUCGUACGUCAAUAUUUUUUUUCAAACCCAUAUCCUGUCAAUACAAGCGUUCACAUCAGCAAAGUUUUCCCGUUCUGCGAUAUUGUGGCAUUUAUUUUUUCAGAUCAUGGUCGAUUUUUCUAAAGUUUCGCAUUCUGUGUGUCCACUUCUGACCAAUCAGAUUGCGUGUUGUUGCAACGUCUGAUUCACCGGUAUAUCCAACAUGGCCGACUAGCUGAUUGUUUACGUGUCGGAGAACAGAGUGCUUUUUGAUAAAAGACACAAACAUUACAGAGAUAACGACCUGAAGGACAACUUAUGGUUUGUGUGCUUUAACAGUUUGUUAAACGUCUUUGUUUUGACUUUCAUCUGUGCUAACGUAAGCUAACGGUUGUUACCAUAGUUUAAUGUGCUUAUCUGGUACUGGCCCCGACUCAGUACAUGCUAUCAUGACAGACAGCCAUCUCAACACUCGUGUCUAGUGUCUAGUCCUCUGCCUCUUCAAACUUGGAGCUAAUUGUUUCAACAGAACUUCAAAUUGUCCAGCGGACAUCCGAAAAUAUGUUCUGAAGCAUCUGUGGUGGUACAGUUUCAGCUCCUGAACUGUUAGGAUGAGUUUCUUUAACCAGUCAUAUCAGCCUUUAGAAUGGUGGAGCUGUGUCACUCAAAUACCUCAGAUACUUCAGUGUUAGAUUGCUGGAGCCGGGGUCCUCUGACAGCCAUCCUCAACAAGGCCCUUGUACCCAUGUUUUACAUCACACAGGUCCCCAAAAUAUGUUCUGUCAUGGUAUUUCCUUCUAUGGACCCUCCAUAUGUUCACCUAAAGCUCCUUAAAAUAUCUUGUUCUUUGUUCUUACCGUACAUAGAUUUUUCUUAGGGUCAACUAAAUGUCAGCAGUAUGUUUAGAGUUGUGGUCAGCUUUACUUGAACAGUCUCGGACCAAUCUUUGUUACAUCUUGUUAUGUUUUGUUACACUUGUGGCAUGUUGAAGCUGUAACCCAGAUCUGCAACCAGUAAAGCUUGUCAAACUGACCCUUCAUGUGGACCUUCCAUUCUUUCAAGUGUGAACCUGGGCUAGGCAUCCUUACAGAAAGUAAGAACUUUCAAAGGGGGGGCUGUGAAGUAGAAACUUUUCAUACAUUUAGGUUAAGAAAUAUAGAGUAAUUAUCUUUUAGUAAGGAGUUAUAAAUAAUCCAGGUCAGCCUGCUUAUGCAGCCUUGUAAGCAAGGUUGUAAGCAAGGCUGUCUUGCAGGGACCAAAACUUUCUGUCUGUCGGAACAUUUAAUCUCUGCGAGAGUUAAGACUAGUCGAAACAAAGUGUUGAGGGUCAGACAUGUCUCUAGCCUGGCUGCGCCAUCCUUCCCACAACAGUCUGGACUUCGGCCCGUUGGGAGCGUGUAUUCCCGAUCAGAAAAUAACAGGGCCAAUCAGAGACCGUGUUUCCACUGUUACCCGGACAACAGGGAAAGGCAGCCCCUGAUUGGUCCAUGUGUAGAUGGUGAGGUCUAACACAUGCUGCGGGACUUUUCAAAGCGCCAGUCAUUCAGAACGCCGUUAAUUCUGCUGUUGACUUUGCAAAGUCAGCAGAAAUCGUUUAUAUCUGCAGAAGACGUUGGAUAUAAACGAUUUCUGCCGACUUUGCAAAGUUGAAGGAACGGCAAGUGAUUCACAGAACAGGAUGGCCCAGCCAGGCUACAGACAUGUCAUCAUGGGUAGCCUUCUGGAGAAUUGAUAUGAUAUACCCAUGAUGAUGGAAUACACACACACACACACUGUCAUACUUUUUUUUUUUUAGAGCCGAUUCUGAUUAUUAGCAAUCAAGGAAACUGAUAACCGAUAUUAAGAACCGAUAUUCAUGUGCAGAAAAAAAAUUUAUUUUGGUGUCAUUUUUCUUUUUUAUGUGUAAAUAAUUUGCACAAUUCUAUUUUUUAGCCUGUAUGUACCCAGUGGGUCGAAUGAGAUUUGCUUCCUACAUUAACUCAUCUGAGCAGUAUUGUUGUUGACGCCACAUUAAAAAUCAAUAUAGCGGAUUCAUGCAUGUGCCACCAGACUCCGUUUUUCUGUAGCCUGACCUGCAUCCACCAAACCACUGCUUCACGGAGCACCCUCCUCUCUCUCUCUCUGUCUCUCUCUCUCUCUCUCUAGCUGUGGAGCUGCAACUAGAGUGUUGAUUGUCUGUCUGUGUAGCCAAUCAGUGGGGACUGUAGGCGGGACAUUGUUACACUACCAAGAGUGCUGACUUCAGGCAGAGAGAAGCAUCUGUGUAAAAGCCCUACAAGCACGUUUCAAAAUGAAAUGAUCUCAUCAGCUAUUAGUGGAAAAAACAUCCGAUGCUGAUUGUUGUAAAAAUGCCGAAUAUCGGCCGAUAUUAUCAGCCAUGCCGAUUAUUGGUCAAUCCUGAAAUGAGACAUGUCCUUAGACAACCACUCAGGGUUUCUUGCAAAUCACAUCUCUCACACCUGUAACUCACACACUAGAGAGAUGCACAUUUGUGACACACAAUGCAACUCACACCUAUUAUGUUCACACACACACUCAGUAGCAUAAAAGCGAGUGAGAGGAGAGCUUGGGGCUUCCUCUGGGUUUUGAUCUAGAUUCUGUGUCAACUGUACUGAUUUCUACAUCUGUACAAUUGAGAGGACCAGGCUGCUCUUCAGAUCUCAUCCUGUCUCCUGUGCAUUGAUUUGCUGCAUAUUACUAGAACACUUUAAAAUGUUUGCUCAGUUUUACUUGACUGUUAAAAUGUGUCAUUUUAAUCUCUCGAAGAAAUUAAGCUUACAAAGAGUGUAUCUCAUGUCUCAGUGUUUUUCCACUGUGCAUCUUGCGAAAUGAACUGUUAGGGAAUCAGUAAUGAGUAAUUGAGGAAGCAUGUACUGGAAAGCGCCCAGUUCCUGUUUUGUUUCACAUUUCUGUUCAAGCACAUACCCAGCCACACCUAUAAAACACUCACAUGUAUAAAUGCUGUUGCCAUACAGCAUUUGCCAGAGCAUCUCUGAGAAGAGAGUCUGACCAAGACAUGGAAAGUUCUCCUCAAUCUGCUCUUACCCUUGUGCGCAAGAAAAAGGCAGUUGCGGUCUGGUCUGAGUUUGUGACUUCACUCCGAUUAUGUUUAAUAUGUCCUGAACCUGACAAAAGAUCAAAGAAUCUGUUACAGACCACUGUUUCUGUUUCUGCCUAGUCUUCUGCUGCUGAAUGUUCUAAAGGAUUGUUUGGCACCAAGGCUGUAUAGUUUACAUUUUGAUUCAUUUCUUCUUCGACUUGAUGAAGACCCUUUAUUUCUUCACUUUCAUCCAAAUUGAUAAGGGUUUUAACAAUUUCUACUAUUUCUUUAAAAACUACACAACACACCUUAUUUUUUUCCAUUAGUUUAUGAUCUUUAUUUGUAAGUUACUUGGUCACACCCAAAGAAAAUUUUCAGAAAAAAUUGACCACAUAUGGCGGCUAACUUCUUACUUAUGAUGGUGAGCAAUUCCAACAUCAAGGUAUAAAUGCUGAUAGCCUCAGGUGGUGUUGCAUUCUGUGACUGUUGCUGGUCCCAAGGGGGCUUAGUAUGUCGAGUUUGGAGCUGAUCAAUUAGAGGCUGGAACUAAAUCUGAUCCUGAGGUGGGCUUACAGGCAGGAACUGGCAGAUAAGUCGGUCAGUAUGUUGUAGAGUUAGAGGGUCAGUAUGGAUAUGGGGCUGUGGAGGCUGAAGCUUGGGCUGCAGGACAGGAAAUCCAGGAUUGUGGUUUGGUUGAGGAUCUGGAUCUGUGUGAAAUAAAAAAGAGAGACACGCACGAAUAAUAGACAUGUUUUUGAGCAAAGUUAUUGCAAAACACGAUUAAAACAGGAUGCAGCCAGAGAGAGUCCAGGUCAUCAGGAAAUUUCCGCACAAGAAUAAUUGUUAUCCAGUCCUGGGGGGAAAUUUGGUAGAGCCGGCCAGUAAAAACAUGUUUACAGAAGAAGUCACGUUUUUGGCUAUCAGACACCAACAUGAAAGCCCCUUACGGGAAUAACACUAAUGACGACAUCGGGGUGGUAUAAAAAGGCAACGAAGGGACAGUUCUAGGGAUUUUGGGGGCUUGUACUGUCCGUCUGUCGGUCCGGUUCAGUUCGUUUAUUUAUCAAGAUUGUCAUGAGUUGUGUUUGAUGCUGUAACUAAAAUAAAAUCCCGCAAGAGGCUGCCAGCUUGAUUCUGUCUUUAUGUGGUUCAUUUUUGCACCUCUGCAUCUAAGAAUUUUUGUUGUUUUGUUUUGUUUUUGUUGUUCUGUAUCACUAAAAGAAAGUAAAAAAAAAAAAAAAGUUUUUUCUAACAGCCAUAAAUCACAGACAGACAACAGUGACACAGUGUACUUUUCAAAAUCCCGCAAGAGGCUGCCAGCUUGAUUCUGUCUUUAUGUGGUUCAUUUUUGCACCUCUGCAUCUAAGAAUUUUUGUUGUUUUGUUUUUGUUGUUCUGUAUCACUAAAAGAAAGUUAAAAAAAAAAAAAAGUUUUUUCUAACAGCCAUAAAUCACAGACAGACAACAGUGACAAAGUGUACUUUUCAAGACACCAUUAUGUUCUCACCACUAAGAACAUUCUGACAAGAAGGAAAAUAAGCAAAAGAAGGGCAGAGAGAUGUUUUCCUCCUCGUACAAGAAGUGUAUGAUGUGAUAUGAACAUAUGUAGAAGACUUAAGAAGUUCAACUAAGACUGACAGACACAGUUAGAAUUUAAAAAUUAUACUGUUUUACUCUCCAGAGGCUAGACCUGAUCUGCAUCUGGCCCCAAUCUGGGUCUAGACUUAAAAAACACACAACAAUGGACAGGUAUGAGAGUACCAUUACGUUUAAAUGUUCCCCCCGUUGAUGGAUAAUGCUCUUCUGGUUCCAAUUCUUUGUGCAGGUUUCUCCUGGAUAACCCUGUUGUGUGUCGAGGUCGGACGGUUCUGGAUUUGGGGAGCGGUAAUGGAGCCUCGGCCAUCGCUGCAGCUCUCAGCGGUGCUUCUCAUGUAGUGGCUAACGACAUCGACUCAGGUUCACAUCCAUGCUGAUUCAUUCUGCUUUGACACUUAAGGUCCUUACACACCGGGCGAGAAUUCGCCAGGCGAAUUUUUCGCCUUUUUUUAAAACAGCUUAAAGUCAAUGCAAGCUUCCACACCGGCGGCGAUUUUUCCGCGGGGCGAAAAGCCGCUUUUAUUUUUUCGCUCCUGUGUCGAAUUUUCGGAUAUUCGCAGGCGAAUAUCUGGACCUGCUAGACCUCUGGCCAAUCAAAAGUCAUGUUGUUGAUGACGUCACAGACCCAUACGGCUGGAGGAGAGGGAGAAGUUUGAGAUUAUGAAUACGCAGAGAAAGGCAGCUGAGGUGCAUCCAAAACUCUUUCUAAUUACUAAUGAAGUAGUUUCCUCACAAGAUGACACUCUCUUGUCUUCCACCUCGCAUCUCCUCUCCUCCGUGCCGCAAAACGACUUUAUUAAUUCGCUUUGCAAAAAAUAUACGCAUAUUCGCUUCGCGGCCGGUGUGUAUAGGCGAAAGCGAUUUUUCGGACCGGUGAAUAUUCGCAAUUUUCGUCUCGCUUUUUCGCUUCGCUCCGCAAAUUCGCCGGUAUGUAAGGACCUUUAGAGUGGAAUUUUAUCAUCAUAGCCUUUCAGAUAUUUACAUCUGUUUCAAUAAACCAGACAAGGGAUGAACAGGUUCAGCGUUAAAAUACGAGAAAAACAACGAAUGAAAAACUAACAUAGGCCGAUGAGGAGAAGAAUGUAGAGAGAGUAAGAACAAAAGCCUCCAAGUGUAAGAGUACGAGUCUUUUGUUCUUCAAACUGGAAGUGUCUCAUGGGUGGGUGUGUAUGUUUCCCUGCUCCAACACACCUGAUUCAAAUGAUCAGCUCGUUAUCAAGCUCUGUAAUGGCUUGAUAAAGAGCUGAUCAUUUGAAUCAGGUGUGUUGGAGCAGGGCAACAUCCAAAACAUGCAGGACAGGAGGGCCUCAAAGACUGGACUUGAGAACCACUGGUAACUUAUACUUAUACUUACUUAUACUUUUGGCUGGCAAAGGAGUCAGAUCUGAUACUCACUCUCUAUGGUUAAUGUUAGUGAAUGCUUGGUUCAUAAUAAAUGAUUUGAUACAAAACAUGUUACAAAUGAAUCAAUGAAUGUAAAAUGUGGAAUCACAUCAAACAUUCUUAUUAUGUUAUAAGUCUCACAUUGAACAUGCUAAAUUACUCUGAAAGGAAACAGAGAGUAACACAGUAACUGGGAACAACAAAAGAGUAAAUGUAUGUAAAUAAACGUUAUCAUGAUCAAUAACGGGUUCUGUAUACCCACAUCUAGAUUAUUUGAUGACAUUUUAACCACCUAAUGGUUAAACAUACUAAAGAAAUUAAAUUAUAAACCACAAAUUUCUCAACUAUUUCUCUUACUUAGAGUAAAGUUAUAAUACAUGGUCAAUAAAUUUAACUCUUAAAAGUUCAUGAAACAGUCUGAAAAGCUGUUGGUCUAAUGAAACUAACUCGGCUUCUGGAGCACAUAGGAAAACGGGACACAUCUCAUUUUAACACAAAUUUCAUGAUUAGACAGAUUAGUACAUUGCUGAAUGCAUAAGAUGUCAUUAUCAGUCAUUUGUAUUCUUUCUCCAAAGGAAUGCAGUUUUUAUCAGAACAUGGUUGAGCAGGGUUUUAUGACAGAGGUCUGGAGAUCAGUGUCCUGCUGACCUUUAAGACAGUAAAUCUGAAAUAGGAGAUCUGGAUUGAGGUGUUCAUGUUUAUUUAGAUGGUCAGCGAUGGAGUCAGUUUGAAAGGUAAUAAAACUCUGUCUCUGUUCACUGAAUUGACCCAUUGUGAAGGGGCAGAGGUUGGGUCAGUUGGGUAACCUGAAAGUUCAAAUAAGUCUGGAAAGAUUUAUGUCAUCCUGUGUCCUGGGACCAGAUAAGGAACCUUUCCUGUGAAGAGUGUGGGGGUUUCACACACAGGGGUAUCUUGAUGCUACAGUUGUUCUCCAUGCAUGACAGCCACCUGAAUUUCAGAGCGUUUUCAAGAGUUUAGAGCAUAUGUAAUCAGGGGUUUGAUCGCUCUCUCUGUGCACUGCCAUGUUUUAACCCUAUUGUUUCUGUUCCAGUUGCAGCCAUAGCAACACACAUGAACAGCGAGCUGAACGGCCUGCAGCCUCCUGUGUGUCUCACCGCCAACAUGAUUGGCUCACAGCUUGCCGCCUUCGACCUGAUCCUGCUGGGUGAUAUGUUCUAUGAUGAGUCCCUCGCCACCAGCCUGCACAGCUGGUUGGACCACUGCAUCAAGUCCCAUGGCACUGAAGUCCUGAUUGGAGAUCCAGGAAGAGCUCAAUUUGAGGAGCACAACAUCCGACGCCUCCUGAGACCGCUGGCUCAGUUUGAGCUGCCAGAGAGCGUGAGAGAGGAGAACUACGGGCUGACCCACAGCUGUGUGUGGAGAUACACACCUGAACUCUGA